AUGGGGCUGACUGAUGCGUCGGGCGGAACUAUCAGAUCGCACCUCACCAAAGUGUUCUUCGACAUGGUCAAAGACAAGGACUCCGGCGCCCAGUUUCACGGACCCCGCUGCGACGCCAAAGAGUACGAUGCGGAGUUCGACCAGCAGACGCAGCACCCAGGGCUGCGACUCAGGGCCAGCACGCGGGCCGUGCGGCGCUGGGUCGACGAGUUCGUUGUGGGCCACAAUUUCUGCCCCUGGGCGGGCCCCGCGCUCGCGGUCGGGGGCGUGCGCGUGGUGGCCAGCGACGCGAGGUCUGCGGAGGGGGUGCUGGUGGACCUGCGCGCGGAAGCCGAGGCGCUGCCCCCGGGCGGCAGCGCCCCAUGCGAGGGGCAGGCGGUGACGACGCUUCUGGCCUGCCCGCACGUGGCGGAGUGGGGCUCGCCCUCGGCAUUCCAGGCCUUCUACGACACCGUGCUGGCCAGCGGCUAUGUCUUCGCCAGCCUGGAACUCUACAUCCCCGCGCCGGGCGGCGACGCGGGCGCGCGCCCGCAGCUCGCCGCUGGCGACAGGCUGCAGCUCGGUGAGGGCCCAAGCGGCGUGCCCGUGCUGGCGACGGUGCUGGACCCGAGCGCGGGCUUCGGGGAGGGCGGCCAGCGGUUGGCGAGGGUCCAGGUGGACGGCCGCGGCGAGACGUUCAUCUCCGCAGGGGGCCGCGACACGCCAGCAACAUGCCUGGUCAGGGCCACCCUAGGCGCCUUCUGCGGAUCCUCUGCCUGCCGCCGGAGCCGGCGGGCGGCGGCGCGGGCGGUGCGGCGAGUUUUCUCUCCCGCGCGCCGAGGCCCGUGCUCCACCUGCUGCGGGUGGACGACCUGGACCGCGCGGAGGACCGCGACCUGCAGAGGCGGAACCGCCAGCGCGCCGAGGAGCUGGGCGCCGAGGCCUUGCAGGCGCUGCAGGGAGGCGGAGGGCCUCUGCUCGCCGAGGCGUUGCAUGUGGGAGUGGCUGCUCCGGCGCGGUCCCGAGUACCUGGCCCAGGGGCUCGUCAACUACGCGGCGCGCUGCCCUGCGAUCCCCGCCUGCCCGGCCUCGGGCUGCCCGCCCUGCCCAGGGCUGGUGUGCGGGGACUGCGCGGUGCCGGCCUGCCCGGCCUGCCCGGCCUGCCUGGGCACCUCGGCGCCGCCUGCGGCGGCCGAGGCCGACUGCAGGCCCGCGGAGGCGGAGGCCGCCUGCAGGGAGUCGGGGCUGGGGCUGCUGGCGUACCUGAUUUUCUUGCUCGGCGUCGUGGUCGGCGCCCUCGUAGUGUCCAGCGGCUGGGGCUGCCUGCGUGUGCUGAGGCGCAUCGGCCGAGCUGCUGUCAAGAAGACCGAGAGCGAGGAUGAGCUGGAGUUACGACUGGUCAACGACUUCAACGGACGUGCUCGCGGUGCGGUGGAGCCAGGGUACCGCGACGUGCCAGCUGGCGUACCGCGCGACCGGGUGUACCGCUUCAGGCGUGAGCCGUCGGCGGCGCGGGACGCCGAGUUCCAGCAGGCCGCCGAGGCCGAGGCGGGGUCGGAGGGCCGCCUCCUCGCGGAUGCGCAGGGCGUGGCCCCUCCGCCCGCGGGCUUCGUCUGGCUGCUGCCGAUUGACGCCGUGGGCCAGGUCGUUGGAGCUGACGCGGGGGCGCUAGUGGCCGCUGCUGCCCCUGCUGCCCCUGCGGCGGUGCCUGGUGCGGUGCCCGUCGGAGCCCUCGUCGCCGGAGCCGCCGCUGCUGCAGCUGCGCCGGUGGCAGCGCCGGCCCCGCGGCUGCAGGGGCCCUUGCAGGGCGUCGCGCCUGUGGGCGCCUUGCCCGGCGUCGCGACGCUGUGGCGAGCGGCCGAGAGCGGCGGGGGCUUCCGCUUCGGGGACCCUGUCGCGGGCCACGUGCGGACGGCACGGGCGCUCGGGACCAAGGACUUGCACGUGCUGGCCGACGGGGCGGCGCUCUUCGUGGAGGAGGUCUCGCCUGCCAGCGAGACGAGCUUCUUCGACAAGGGCGUCUCAGGGGACGCUCGCAUCAUGGCCAUGCGCCGGAACAGCCAGGGCAGGCGCGAGCGGACCUGGGCCGCGAUGGUGGCGGAUGUGGCGCGCGAGGAGGGGCUCGGGCUGGGCGGGCACCGCGAGCGCUUCAGGAGCGCGCGAAAGCUCGAGAGCUCGAGCUGGGGCGUGUCAGAGCAUUAUUGCGUCGCGCAGGCCUUGGAGCUCGGGCUCUUGACCGACCAGGUCGACGGAAGCAACCCCAUGAUGGUCGAGAGCCUCUUCCGCCGCCCCCAGACGAUAGAGUUCGCUCACUCCGAGCGAGCUCGCGAGCAGGAGGCGAAGGGCUGCGGCGGCAAGCUGAGCCCGGAGGAGCAGAUGGCCUUCAACCCCCGGAAGGCGAGAGAGGAGCGCGAGGCGGCUCGCAAAGACGACAAGAGUAAGAAGGGCAAUGACAACGGGUGA